AUGGCCGCCGCAGGCUACGACCGCAUCGACGUUCCUAAUUACAAGAGAUAUGUGCGGUGGUCUACUCAAGCAUUUAGAAAUUUCCGACGAGCACACGACAACCCAAAUGCCGACUUGAGUUCAGAAGAUUGGCGCGAUAUCCAAGUCCCCGCACCAGCUCUACCCAAGUUGUUCGUUGCCUCGGAUGAACCAACUACGCACUGGUAUCAAGACCAUGCCAACAACGAGGGGCUCUCUAGAAUCCUGGGUCGUCAGCUCCCAGACGAUGACGUGAAUCACAGGUAUCAAAGGCGACUGCGAAGCAUUACUGGCUACUUUAAUCGACACGGACAAGGGACGUGGACUCCAGUCAAGAUCCUGGCCAAGGGAGGUCAGGGUAUGGCUAUACAUUUUCGGCAUGACCUGGAUGGGAAUGCUCGAAAUGUCGUCAUGAAGAUUGACCUCCGUGAUUGGUUCUCUAAAUCAUUGCAGGAUGAAAAGCGAGCCACGCUGAGACAAAGAAGAGCAGCACAUUCGGUCCAGAUUAUACCGCCCCGACUAGCCGGCGGUCUACAAAUUGGAGGCAAUCUAUACACCAGGGACCCCAACGUCUCUGACGACUCGUCAGACGACGAGCUGUCCGACUAUGACGGCGAAGGAGCCGGCGAUCCUCGCCCGCGGGAAUUGAGAAUGCCACGGGGCCAGCGACUGCCGGGAUAUUGGGACCGUAGCAAAGCCGACCACGACAGGAGAGCGGAUGCGUUUAUCAAUGCUGGCGGUCGAAGGCGAAACCGGGAGGAUGUCGAGUCCCAGCUAGAGUUUAUGCUUCUCGAGUACAUGGAGAAUGGCAGCCUGUCGUCGCUCAUCAAGAAGCGUUCCACCCACGACCAGGCCGACCGUCCUCCCAAUCGAGUCUUGUGGGCUUUUUGGUUGUGCCUGGUGAGAGGUUGUAUAGGCAUGGAUUAUCCACCAAGCAAGUUUCAUCCUAAUCGCAGACCACCGCCUGGCCGGCCCGAGGGUGAUCCCGCCGCUCGAGAAGAGCAUCGCCGGCAGGGCAUCAUGAGAAGAAGCCGGCGUUUAGAAGGGAGUUUGCCCGCAGACCCGGGCUCAGUCCACGGAGAACGGGCGGGGAUCAUGCACAUGAUGCAGGAUGUCAAUCGCCUCGGUCUUCCGCUCUGGUGGCAGCAACAAUACGACCAGGCCAUGGAGUCCUUUAGGCGAUAUGCAGAUGAUUUAAACGAAGAACUACCCGCAGAAGAUGACCUAUUGCGCCGCCGUGAAAACGUGGUCCAUUUUGAUCUCGAUCCCAAUAAUGUUCUCAUUGGCGGCUUUGAAAUGUCUGCACAGCAGAUUCAAGACUGGGGUGCUCAUAUCUCGAGGACCAGGGGCCCGGGGGGGACGAUGCCUUCCAAUAAAGAACCUCACCCGGGUCGUAUACAAAACGAGCACGUCUUUGUUCCGAGACUCAAGAUUGCCGAUUUUGGUAUUGCAGACAGGGUCAAGACUUAUAAACGAAACAUAUAUUACUGGUCUCGUAGACACUCCGGCAAAAGGUUGUUUCUGGCACCUGAACAAUUUGGGCGAGAGUGGGACAUGGCGUCGGAUUUACCAAACGAUGCCGAUAUAGGAGAGGCUCAAAUCCCCGGAAGCUUCAGUAGAAAGACCAACAUUUGGCAAAUCGCCUGGUGCUUGUGGUGUUUUAUCACAAUGCAAAAACCGCCCAUGCCUCCUCAACCUCAGAUACCACCUAAUUAUCGACACUUGAUCAAUGAUGAUACACCUGUAGAUCAGUAUGACCAGAUUCUCGAAUCAGCUGGCUAUCGUGGUCCAAUCUCUUAUUGCUAUAAAUUGUGCGAAAACGUCAGGCAACCAGACGACCCCUUUGGCUGGGUGGAUUUGGACUUGAGACAGACCUUGUACAGGUGCAUGUAUCACAACCCAGAUCAUCGACCCGACUUUGCCGAACUGAUCUCGCAAGCCAUGGGAAAAGUGGGAGGUGGGAUACCUGGUGAAGAUGAUGGAGUAGUUCGCGCCUGGGUAGAGAAAUGGUUUUAUAAUGCUCCUGCUCCUCCUCCUCCGCCCCCGCCUCCUCCGCCUCCUAAUGAAUUUGUGGAGAGCCUUACCCAUUACCAGAGUAGCAAUCAUGGAGGCGGCGGUAUGGAAUUGGAUGGUGCCGCCUUUGUAUUCGGUGGUUCACACGGUGGUGGAUAUUUCAACAAUGCUGCCGGUCUUCCUCCUCUGACUCCUGCUCAGCAAGCCUUUCUGGACCGAUUCAGAACCGAUUACCCCCAUGGAGCCCAGAAAAUUCACAACGUGGCUGGAGAGCAGCAAUGUGGACGCAAGUAUAAUCCUUUCCAAGUCAUGGCACAAGAGGCUGACAAUUACACAGUACAAGCAGUGGCAGAUAGCAUUAGGGUCCAAAUACCCUCGGCAAUGUUGCCUGCCGGUGCUUUUCGUCCCACAAUGAGCGAUCUUCAGGCCAUUUACCGUCAACUAUAUGCUACGGGAGUCUUUAACGCGGCCAUAGCCGCCGGCGUCGAGGUCCCAGACAGGUUUUACACGGCAGACACGCUGGCAGCUAUUCUCGAACGUUGGGGCGAUUCUCACGGUGUCUUGUUGCAGCUGGUCGUGAUGCUGCCCACUGGCGCACCCUAUCUGGUCCCAACCGCGAAUGCUGCCGGGAGACCAGUCUAUAUCUACAGCAAUUGGUCGGGUUCGGGUAUGCCGAUGGCACAAUGUCAUUAUGAAGGCUUGCAUCCGAUUGAGGCAGCUAAUUUGCUCUCUCUUAGUCCGGGGGAAGUAUAG